CCGGGGCCUGCGCGGGGCGGAGCCAUCUGUGGCAGGCGCGCGCAGCCAUCGCCGAGCUGCACUUGAAGCCUGGUGAAACACUGAGAUGGCAGCUCAAAUGACCGAUGCUCAUCGACGGUUCCUGCAGGUUCUGAUGUCUAAUGGGAUAACAGAAGGAUCAGAGGCCAGGAAAUUACACCAGCACUGCUGUGAAACUGAUAAAGUUUACUACGCACAUGAUAAACUGGAUGAUUUCAUCAGCACUAUUAAUAGCCACCUGCAGCCUUUGUUUAUGCAGAUCCGGAAAGGAAUAUCGGAAGACAAUGGGAGAGCACAUUAUGCUGUAGUGAAUUUGGCGGAAACUGAAGUAACUAAAAUGGCAUCUGACUAUACAGAAAUUGAAUUGGAAUUGUUCAGAAAAACAAUGGACCUAAUAAUUUUAUCAGAAAAUGGCUUUGCCUCAUCUACAGAUAUUUUAAACUUGGCUGACCAACUUAAGACAAGGAAAAUGAAGAAAAAGGAAGCAGAACAAGCGCUGAAAGUUUUUGUGGAGGAUAAGUGGUUGUCUGAGAAAAAUGGAGAAUAUACUCUGCAUACUCGGUGCAUAAUUGAGAUGGAACAGUACAUUCUCAGCAACUACCAGGACGUGGCAAGGAAAUGUAACAUCUGUCACAGCCUCGCCAUCCAGAGCCAAGUAUGUGAAUCCUGUGGAAUUGGAAUGCACUUACCUUGUGUCAGAAAGUACUUCAGAGGCCAGACUGAACCCCGCUGUCCCAAGUGUAAUGAAUUCUGGUCUUGUGACACCCCAGGUGUGAGUCGGAUGGGCUCACCACAGAGCUCCACUCUUGGUGCUAGAUGAUGCCAGUAAAACUUGAUGUCAGUGACAUCUCUUUGCCGCCACUCUGGCAGAAUAGCCAGACUUUAUUGUAUUCAAUUAGUAACAGUGCUCAGUGUACCCAUUUUCUAAAGUUCUAAGAAUCUUAAAAUAAAACUAUUAUUGACGUUCCUGUUCACAGUAA